UGCCCCCCAUCAUUUUACUGCGCAGCCGCAGAUCCAAUAGACGUGACAACAAACGUUAUCAGCAUUGGAGAAAAUGGGCACAGCAUUGGCAUCUAAAUCAUUUUGAUAAGAUAAAAACUUCAAUCAAACCAUCAAAACGCGUUUGCCUUUGUCUCAUAUGAUUUAAUAAUCAAAAGUGAAGUCUUAAAAUGCCGAGCAACAAGAUGGACAAAUCUGACAAGCCGGAGGUCAUGGACAACGUCAAAGUGGUUGUGCGAUGUCGCCCGCUGAACCAGAAGGAGAGGAGUAUGGGCCACAAGCAGGCCGUCAGUGUGGAUGAGAACCGAGGGACCAUAACCGUCAACAAAUUAGAGACCAACCACGAACCCCCCAAGACCUUCACAUUUGACACGGUGUUCGGACCAGACAGCAAACAGCUGGACGUUUACAAUCUGACAGCCCGCCCCAUCAUAGACUCAGUAUUAGAGGGUUACAAUGGGACCAUCUUCGCGUACGGACAGACAGGGACAGGAAAGACGUUCACCAUGGAGGGCGUGAGGGCAGUGCCAGAGCUCCGAGGAAUAAUACCCAACUCCUUCGCUCAUGUGUUCGGCCACAUCGCCAAAGCAGAGGGCGACACCCGGUUCUUAGUUCGCGUCUCUUAUCUGGAGAUUUACAAUGAAGAAGUGAGGGACCUGCUGGGGAAGGACCAGAUGCAGAGGCUAGAGGUGAAGGAGAGGCCAGAUGUGGGUGUUUACAUCAAGGACCUGUCUGGUUAUGUGGUGAACAACGCUGAUGACAUGGACCGGAUUAUGACAAUGGGGCACAAGAACCGCUCGGUUGGCUCCACCAACAUGAAUGAACACAGCUCUCGCUCUCAUGCCAUCUUCACCAUCACCAUCGAGUGCAGCGAGAAGGGUGUGGAUGGGGACCAGCACGUACGCAUGGGAAAACUCCACUUAGUGGAUCUGGCGGGUUCUGAGCGUCAGGGGAAGACGGGAGCGACGGGCCAGCGGCUGAAAGAGGCCACUAAGAUCAACCUGUCUUUGUCCACGCUGGGUAACGUCAUCUCCGCUCUGGUGGACGGGAAGAGCACCCACGUCCCCUACAGGAACUCCAAACUCACCCGCCUGCUGCAGGACUCACUGGGGGGAAACUCCAAGACCAUGAUGUGUGCAAACAUCGGCCCAGCGGACUACAACUACGACGAGACCAUCAGCACGCUGCGUUACGCCAACCGGGCCAAGAACAUCAAGAACAAAGCCCGGAUCAAUGAAGACCCCAAGGAUGCCCUGCUACGGCAGUUCCAGAAGGAGAUCGAAGAGCUUAGGAAGAAACUCCAAGAAGGGGAAGAGAUCUCCGGGUCGGAGGGCAGUGGAUCAGAAGAGAUGGAUGAAGGAGAUGACGAGGGAAGAGAGGGACGAAGGAAGCGGAGAGGCAGUGGCAGCAGCUUCAGUAGCUCAGACUCCUCUAUAGAGGCACAGACCACUGAGGAGAAACCCAAGGCUCAGACUAGGAAGAAGAAGAAGGUUUCUCCUGACAAGAUGGUGGAGAUGCAGGCGAAGAUCGAGGAGGAGAGGAAGGAGCUAGAAGCCACGCUGGACAUGGAGGAGGAGGAGAGGAACAAGGCCAGGGCAGAACUGGAGAAGAGAGAGAAGGAUCUCCUCAAAGCGCAGCAGGAGCAUCACCUACUGCUGGAGAAGCUGUCAGCCCUGGAGAAGAAGGUGAUCGUAGGAGGGGUGGACCUCCUGGCCAAGGCUGAGGAGCAGGAGAAACUACUGCAGGAGUCUAACAAUGAGCUAGAGGAGAGACGCAGGAGGGCUGAGCAGCUCCGCAGGGAGCUAGAGGAGAAGGAGGCGGAGCGUCUGGACAUGGAAGAGAAGUACUCCAGUCUGCAGGAGGAGGCUCAGGGGAAGACCAAGAAGCUGAAGAAAGUCUGGACCAUGCUGAUGGCUGCCAAGUCAGAGAUGGCCGACCUGCAGCAGGAGCAUCACCGGGAGAUCGAGGGCCUGCUGGAGAAUAUCCGCCACCUCAGCAGAGAGCUACGACUGCAGAUGCUCAUCAUAGACAGCUUCAUCCCACAGGAAUACCAGGAGAUGAUUGAGAACUAUGUACAGUGGAAUGAGGACAUUGGGGAAUGGCAGCUGAAGUGUGUAGCGUACACUGGUAACAACAUGAGAAAACAGACCCCCGUGCCGGACAAGAAAGAAAAAGAUCCGUUUGAGGUGGACCUGUCUCAUGUGUACUUGGCCUACACAGAGGAGAGUAUGAGACAGUCACUGAUGAAGCUGGAGAGGCCCAGGACCUCCAAGAGUAGUAGGCCCAAGACUGGACGAAGGAAAAGAUCAGCGAAGCCCGAGGCUGUGAUGGAAUCCCUGCUGCAGUGAGAGAGCCAAUCAGGGCUGGAGCCCCAUGUACUGCAAUGAAUCUACACUACUUUACCUUAGAAUGAACAACAGUCAGUCAAUGAAUCUACACUACUUUACCUUAGAAUGAACAACAGCAGUCAGUCAAUGAAUCUACACUACUUUACCUUAGAAUGAACAACAGCAGUCAGUCAAUGAAUCUACACUACUUUACCUUAGGAUGAACAACAGUCAGUCAAUGAAUCUACACUACUUUACCUUAGAAUGAACAACAGCAGUCAGUCAAUAAUCGAACAUGAAGAUCUUUAUUGUCGUUAUUUAAACAGAUUUUCUUAAUACACUGUUUAGCCAAGUAAGGUUUUAAAUGUGAAGGGAGAAGAGGAAACGGUUGGUCGGUCGGUCAGGGAGGGAGGGAGGUAGGAGAGGAAACGGUUGGUCGGUCGGUCAGGGAGGGAGGGAGCAGGCAGCAGAAACUACUUUAGGAUUUAGCAGCGUCCCAAAUGGUGCACCCUAUUCCAUAUUUAGUGCACUACUUUUGACCAGAGCCCUAUGGGAUACCCUAUGAGCCCUGGUCAAAAGUAGUGCACUAAAUAGGGAAUAGGGUGUCAUUUGGACCUGCCCCUUAGACUGCUCAAGUCAAGGGGACCUUGUAUUAUAAUAAGGGGAGGCUUGUUGAGGAUAGUCAGCUUAAUGUUGAGUCUUAAUGUAGUCAUCAGCACAGUUCAGUGGGCAACACCCAACUGCGUCCCAAAUGAAACCCUAUUCCCAUUAUAGUGCACUACUUUUGACCAGGGCUCAUAGGGUGUCCUGUAAUGCUCUGGUCAAAAGUAGUGCACUAAAUAGGGAAUAGGGUCCCAUUUGGGACGUGGGAGAUUCGUCUAUGAUGAGCACAAGCCAUGGUUUUUGAACAGGUCUUCAAAGACGAAAGUGACGACGACAACAACAAACACUGUUUUGAGAUGACGAUGUCAUCACUCCUACUGGCAGGAUGUAAUGGAUACAUCUGAUGGCCUUUAACAAAAAAACGAUUCCAGAAAUGAUUCACAUGUGCACCACAGGUUAUAAUGCCCUUAUUUCAAGCAUCAAACGUAUGGGAGUCUAAAGUAUGCUUUACGCUUAGUUUCCUUCUUUAUGUCUGAAGGGUAGGGCAUGCAUGCCAUGCCGCUUCCAUAGACAAGUGCGCAACAAUGGGACAAACUACACUAUAUUUACUCUCCAAUUGUUUAGUGAAAACGAAUACAUUUGCACAAUGAGCGCUUAUCUCUAAAAUGCAUCCUUACAAGUUGUUGGCUAGCGAGGAUAUUUUCACCAUAUUAGCAUGGACGUGACAUCAGUCGAAACACCUCAAAAUAAAACGUGACAUUAAUAACGAGAUACUACAAGCUGAAACCAGCCUCUUACGGUUCCCCACGUUGCAGCUUUCUGUCAUUGUUGUUCGCUAUCUGAACGUUCAGAAUCGUAACGCCACACGGAUUUCUGUCUUGUCGAGACGCACAUCAUUUCCUGAUGUCAGCUAACCCGUCUAUAAAGUAAUGCCAUUCGUCCAUUAAACACUAACUAAGGCAUUUUUUUGGCAGGCUUUGUGAUUUCUUCCUUUUCAGCUCAUCGUUCAUGGUGUAUUGUAGUGGAAGCAAAGUGUCUUUAUUUUGGAAUUUACUGUAUUUCAAAUGUUUACAUCUACUGAGCCCCCCCCCCCUCUUUUUUUGUUAAUUUAUUAAAUUAUUGCACAUG